CACACCCUUCUUAAACACCUGGAGACCCUUCUUCUCCAGAUUCCAUCUCAUCAUCGUCAAAGACCCCGAGCUCAAGGAAGACCUCAACAUCCCACAAGGCUUCGACGUCUCCAUCUACUCAAAGGGAGAGUGAGAUGGGAGACGCUUGAGGAUGUGUGGUGCGGGAUGUGUUGGAAACAUGUGGUAGAUCAUUUGGGGUAUGGUGUGAAGACAGGGCUGCCUUAUGUGUGGAGGAACGAGAGAGGAGAUGCGGUGGAGAGUUUGAGGAAGAAGUGGGAAGGGAAGGGAUCGAUGAAGCUGAUGGAGAAGAGUGUUCCGUUUUUUGAGUCUUUGAAGUUGCCUGAGAGUGCGGUUACGGUUGAGGAUUGUGUGGUUGAGCUUGCUAAAGCGGUGAAAGAGCAGUUGGGUUCGGGUGAUCCUGCUUUUACUCAGGCUGCUGAUGCUAUGGUUAAUUGGGUUCAGCUUUGGAGUGAGGUUAAUUCUAGCGGUUAAAAGUUGAACCAAUGAAUAUAUCUUGUUGAGGUUAGGUUCCUUUAUCAUGUCUUAUUCAUCACGUUCAUUUUCUUUUUUUUUUUAAUCUAAUUAUAAUCAUGUUUUAGUGAGACUUUCAAUAAUGUAUAUAUCUUGACUGAUGAAACACAUCUUGUUAGUUUUUAUGAUGAUAAUAUCUUUUUCUUCCGGUUCUUCUUUGAUUCAGUCUUGUAGAAUCAUAAACAUGAAUUUGCUAGUACUACUAGCAAUUUGGUAUGUUCACAAAGAUGCAACAAACAUUAAUCAUUCAUUCAAAGCAUUGAGCAAAGACUGAAUGUCUAUAAGUUUUUCCCUAAGCAAUAUGCUGUAGUAGUUUUUAAAAAUCAAUGUAGAUGAUGUCUAGACAGACGCAGGACCGGUUCUGAUAGGGGCCCUAGGGGAAAAAAGAAAUUUUUUACUCUCUAAAAUUUAUAUAGAGAUAAUGUUUAAAAUAUUUUUAAAAUUUAAUCAAUAAUAUUUUGUAUAUUUUGUAAUGAAAAUAAAACUAUAUACAUGUCAAAUAAUUUUGGGCCCUUUCCAAUUUUAUUUAUUGUAUUUAUAAUUUUUUUUUAUAUAUAAAAAUAUAAAUUUAUAAAAAAUUAGGCCCCUUAUUUAUCAUUACACGGGGAGACACGGAUUCGGAUUCGGGACGAUCGCACCGCUUAUCCCCUUGUAAGCCGGCUCUGGACAGACGUCCGUAUAAGAAGAAAAUCAGAUCUAAACGAAAUAUUUUUUAAAAACUUUUUAGAAAAAUCAGUCCAAACGUUUAAAAAGUAGGUCUAAACACCUACUUAAUCAAUAAUCCUCCAUAAAACAUUUAAUUAUUGCCUAACAAUUUCUUUAAAAUUGCAAGCUGAAGUU